UUGAGCCGGGGAAUCAUCAAGGUCGAUGUCUAACGGUAGGCCUCGGGUUACCUUCCUUCCUUAAGUUCCUUUACAUUUUGUCAUCCAUACACAUCACUGACCUCACUGACGUUCAGAAGCUUUCAGUCGAAGGAAUUGCAGCUUCUGUCUAGGUACCGCCUUCUGUAAUCACUGCACAAUGACUACGAAAUACAAGCUUGUCCUUGUCAGACACGGAGAGAGUCAAUACAAUCAAAAGAAUUUGUUUUGCGGGUGGUACGAUGCCGAUUUGUCGGACACGGGAAUAAAUGAAGCCAAAUACGGAGGAGAGCUCUUGAAGAAACAAGGCUUUGAGUUCGACCUUGCCUUCACAAGUGUUCUGAAGAGGGCCAUCAAGACUCUGUACCUGAUUCAGGAGGAGCUGGAUGCUCACUACCUCCCUGUGAUCCGAUCCUGGCGUCUCAAUGAGCGUCACUAUGGAGGUCUUCAGGGACUGAAUAAAUCUGAGACUGCUGCAAAGUAUGGAGAAGAUCAAGUAAAGAUCUGGAGACGUUCUUAUGAUAUUCCACCCCCUGCUCUGGAACCCACAGACGAACGCUGGUCUGGAAAAAUGAAGCAGUUUCAAAAUAUGGAUCAGGGCAUGAUCCCAGCCUGUGAAUGUCUGAAGGACACUGUGGCACGUGUGCUGCCCUUCUGGUAUGAUGAAAUUGUUCCUGCCAUCAAGUCUGGCAAGAGAGUGUUGAUUUCUGCCCAUGGCAACAGCUUGAGGGGCCUCAUCAAGUACCUGGACAACGUGUCUGACACAGACAUCGUGGGACUCAACAUCCCCACCGCCAUCCCUCUGGUGUAUGAACUGGAUGAGAACCUACGUCCAGUGAAGCAUUUUUACCUUGCCUCUGAGGAGGAGGUUGCAGCGGCUCAGGCCAAAGUGGCCAACCAAGGAAAAGCAAAAUAAGCUUUCUCAACUAGGCUUGUUUAAGAAAAUAAUGCAGUAACUUUCUAUGAGCUUAUUGCAUGCUGUAAAAUAAUUAAUGUUCUAAGUUAUAAGUCUGUAACUAAAAUGAUAGUUUUGCUGUCUUUUACAAGUUGUCACAAUUAAUGUUUUUUAGGAAUUGGUGAACCUUAUUGGAUGAAGGAAAUGUUAUGAAUCUCUUUACUCUGCAUUUUUAGUAUUUGUGACACAUUCACAAAAGAUACCAAAUUGAUGUUAGUUGAUGUGCCUGCUAUGGCAUUUAUCUAAUAUACUUCUUUCACCUUCAUCUGGCUGCCUCUUUUUGUCCAGCCAUCCCGCUUUGUUAUGAACUGCAAGAAGAUUUGAGACCUGUGAAGCACUACUACUUGGCCACAGACGAGGAAGUUAAUGCUGCUGUAGCGAAAGUGGCUAAUCAAGGAAAGGUUCAACCACCUGCUUCUUAAAUGCUCUUGACCUUUCUACAGUGAUCUGAAUCUGAAAGGCAAGCCGUAUGGGGACAGAAAAUGACAUACUCUUGUUUUAAACUUCUCUUUGAUUGGGUUUGGAUGCAUGAUGAAUGUUGCAAUGGGAUAUAUGCAUUGUUUAUUCUUUGUGGACAUGUUUAGAAGAAUGUUUUUUAAAGUUCUGACUGUGACUUCCUUAGCAAUUGUUUUACUCAAGUGUUUUGUCUUUUAAAGUAGCUCGGUCUCUCUGGUGCUUAUUUUUCCUUUGGAUAUUAUUAAGAUUAAGGGUGAAUGAAUAUUGUAUGAAUUACCAUAGACAGACAUGAGCAAUUUACUGUGAUUUGAUAUGAGCCCCACUUCUUGUUAUUUUACAGUGCCCUGGACUGGACCUUGUUUGUAAACAUUUGAUACAGUCUCGCUGUAUUACUUACCUAUACAUCUGAUAUGUUUGGAAUAGUUAUAGUUAUAGUUACUCUUGUGUCUUUUGUUUUUACCUGAUGUUUGUCACAAUCCUGAUAGUUUACCCUGUUGCUGGGGCAGUCAUGGGCGUUAUGAUUUGCUUUCCUGUCAGUUGAGGCAGAGAGCUUGAUAAGUGAUGCUAUGAGACAAAUGGCAGAAAUGCUUUGUCACUAGAAGAGUUUGGACCAUGUGCUGUUGUGAUAGCAGAGAUUAGGGUCAUCUGUUUUUUCCCUGAUUUGUUUUUUGUUUGUUUGGGUUUUAUUUUUUGGCUUGCAGACUUCUACAGAGAGUGUCUUUGGUACUAUUAAACCUAAUCAUUUUUACCAGAUUGAA